AACAAAACUGUCAAACAUAGUUUCGCUUAAGCUGGAAGUGUGGUUGUGGUUGAGAUUGUGAAGUAAUCGUUUUAUAUAAAAAUGCAUGAGAUUCAUAGUCAGAGCUGCGUUCAUCUGCUGCGUCUCAUGGACUCCGCGCGCCCUGAGCUGCCCUUCUGAGAACAGACUAAACAUCAGAGAUGUUCAGUAUCUCCAUCUUGUCCACCUCAUCACAACUGAAGUAUGUUUCUCUGGGGGUGCUGGUACUGCAGACCACCUCCUUGGUGCUGACAAUGCGUUACUCACGUACGCUGCAGUCUGAAGGGCCGCGCUAUCUGGCGUCAUCUGCUGUAGUGUGUGCCGAAGUUCUGAAGAUUGUUGCAUGCAUGCUGCUUGUCUUCAGAGACCACAGUUUCAGUGUUCGUGCACUGAAUCAGGUGUUGAGGGAGGAAAUAAUCAACAAGCCCCUGCUAACGCUGAAGUUGGCCAUUCCCUCAGGUAUCUACACCCUGCAGAACAACCUGCUCUAUGUGGCUCUCUCAAAUCUAGACGCAGCUACCUACCAGGUUACGUAUCAGCUGAAAAUUCUUACUACAGCCCUGUUCUCCGUGUCCAUGUUGGGCAAAAGUCUGGCCUUUUACCAGUGGCUCUCACUAGUCAUUCUGAUGGCUGGAAUUGCACUUGUCCAAUGGCCAACUGAAGUUACAUCUGUCACUAAUCAGGAGGACCUGACUGCCGGCUCUCAGUUCAUGGGUCUUCUGGCUGUGCUUGUGGCCUGCUUCUCCAGCGGAUUUGCUGGCGUGUAUUUUGAAAAGAUCCUCAAAGAGAGCAAGCAGAGUGUCUGGGUCCGUAAUAUUCAGCUAGGUUUAUUUGGAUUGAUUUUUGGACUUGGGGGAGUGUUUGUGUAUGAUGGAGAAAGAGUGCGUGAGAAUGGACUCUUUCAAGGGUACAACGGUCUGACGUGGACUGUGGUGGCUCUUCAGGCUUUGGGUGGGUUAGUCAUUGCGGCUGUCAUCACAUAUGCAGAUAACAUCCUGAAGGGCUUUGCAACAUCCAUCUCAAUCAUUCUAUCCACCCUCAUCUCCUAUUUCUUGUUGGAGGAUUUUGACCCUACUAGUGUGUUUUUCCUGGGUGCCAUGCUGGUUAUUGCUGCUACCUUUCUCUACGGGUAUGAGAGCACAUCUGCGGUCAACCCUAGUAAAGUAUAGAAGACUGGACACCCAAAUCAUCAGUGUCUGCUAAGAUGCUGUACUUCAGGUGAAGUUCAGGACGAGUGAACCAGCGAUAUUGUAAGGAUGCUAUUAGAAACUUGAACUGUCUUCUAUAUGUUAUGUUAUGAAAGCCAAUGUGCUUCAGAUAUUUUAGGUGUUAGGAUUGUUUGUUGCAUUCAGCUGAGGACUUUAAGGACUUCAUUUGAAAAGUGUUAACAUAUCAUGAAGGGAUCUCUGGGACAGCCUUGCAAAUUUCAUUUGUUACGGUUUUCAUAUUUAUUUUCAGUGCCAUACGAUGGCGUAUUGAGAAAGGGAUUGUUUUACAUGAAUGUGUCCUUUGAGAAGCAUUUUCAUUUUCUCAAAGCCAAUAAAAAGUGUUUCUUAAAUGUCUUCCUGUCAAAGUCUGGUAAUAAAAACAAGUUCUCAAACGUUUCCUUAGGAGUAAUGACUGCAUUUUGAUUGGUGGAAUAAUUGUGGGAAAAAUGUUGAGCUGGUGCUAAAGAGAUCAGACUUCUGCAAGAUGCUCAGUGCACUUUUAUUAGUCCUUGAAUGAACAGAGUGAACUGUCAGACCUUGUUGCUCCUAGCUGGGGGUUUCAGUGGAAAUAUAUAUGUUGCAUCACAGUUUGUUUUAUGCAAAAACGACUUGCAUGCAAGAAGGGAGAUGAAAAAUCAGUUUCCCCCUAACUGGGUCUUUCUCGCCCGUAAUGCGAUGCUAUGAAACUUUUCCACAGUAAACUCAGUCUCUUCCAUUGCAUAGACUCGUUUUGCAGUGGGAAAGCAUGUGGAUAUGAAAGAAAGUAAAUUUACAAUUUAAGCAACAUUUUUAUUUCUCAUUCCUGCACAUCCUGUGCUAUGAAAUGUUGAAAUCUUAAAGUAAAACCACUUUUUUUUCUGCUGGUGUUCAUGCAUUAUCAGAUACUGAGUUCAUACGUCUUAAUGCAUCUUUAUUUAAAUGAUCAUUUUGAGGAGGAAUAUGGCUUUGACAGAGAUACAGGAGAUGUAACUUAGAAAUGAUAGAGGGAGAUGAAAUGAGGUAUUUAUCAUAUUACAGAGAAGGAACCCUAUUUGAUGUAUUCUACCUUCGUCUAGAUCAGUGCUCCAAGCUUUAGACGUACUGCAUGCAUCUCAACUUCCAACGUAACUUUCCUUUGAAAGUGAUUUUAGGCAAAGCAUCAGGCAUGAAUAAAUGCUCUGUUAGAUUUAAGAGUUAGUCAUUAUUAAUUUCUGUUAUAUGUCCAGACUGGAUAUCACCUCUUCAUUUCCAACCAGUCCAAUUCAGUGCAUAAUAAAAUAAUACAGUUCACUAAAUUAAAAGCAUGCAAAUAAUGAAUAAAACUAUCAAGAAAUUUAUUAGUAAAUUUAGCAGUUUCUUAUGAAAGCAUCAGCCACACACUUAAUACUGUAUUCAUGUUGGUUUGUUGGUCCCUCCACAGAACAGUGUACUCCAGAGAAAGAUGACAGAACCCAAGGUUUAAAAUUAAUUUUUGAUUUUUUUUUUAUAGAAUUUUUGUAC